AUGUCUGAUGAGUGGUCAGACAUCCCUGUGGACCAGGGGCAGGACCAUCUUGCCAAUUAUGAGCUGCUGGUAACAAUCCGCGAGGGCGGCUUUGCCAAGGUGAUGGUGGGACGGCACCUCCCGACAGACACAGAGGUGGCGGUCAAAGUCAUUGAACAACAGCCUGAUGACACACCUCUUCAAGAAGGGACAUCGAGGUCUUCCUUCAGAACAACGGCCGCAUUGUCGGAGGACCAGGCCCGCCCCGUCUUCCGGCAGCUCAUCUCCGUGGUCGACCACUGUCACGAGAAAGGUAUCAUCCACAGGGACAUCAAGGCGGAGAAUGUCCUCCUGGACAGCCACAUGACCGCCAAACUGUCCGAUUUUGGGCUGGGGACAUUUUAUGACGGCUCGCCACUAAGCUCUGUGUGCGGCACGCCUCCGUACUUUGCCCCCGAGCUAUGUAUGGAAGAAGAUUACGGCCCCGGGGUCGACGUGUGGGCGUUGGGGGUCCUGCUGUAUGUAAUGCUGACUGACACCUUCCCUUUCCCCGGAACAUCUAAGAGAGAGGUAGAGCAGCAGAUCCUGGGCGGACAAUACUGCAUCCCUUGCUAUCUGUCACCAGAGGCAAUAGACCUGAUACCCAAACUGCUCACCGGCAUCCCUGAGGAAAGAGAAAACAUCAGGGACUUCAUGGGCGACCCGUGGGUGAAUCUGGGGGAAGAGAAGCUGAAGCCCUAUGUGGAGCCACCCAGGGGUGUCACACACCUCGACCCCUGGGUAGCCGGAGAGAUGGUGAACCUUGGGUUUUCUAUGGACGAGAUUGAGACGGUGUUAGCCACUAGAGCAUACUCCCGGGUGUCAGCGACAUAUCACAUCUUACUAGCAAGAGCCGCCAAAACCUGUCGUUAUACCACCACCCCCAUGGAGCCCUUCCACCCUUCGCAGAGCCGCAGUCCCUCCCCAGCCCAGAAGUCUUCCAAGGCAGAGUCCAUCCCGGAGACGAGCAUGAUCAUGGCGCCUUCUAGGGCCUGGCCUACCUUGUCACCACCAUCCAGCCCGACGAGCAUUUGGAAGGCACCUUUUACGGCCUGGACCACCACCUCACCACCACACAGCCCGAAGAGCGUUUUCAUGGCGCCUUCUAGGGCCUGGCGCUCCUGCAGGGGCGUCCUCCGGGCAACCGACUGCGGCAGGAGCGACCCCGGCCACGAGACCCCAGAGCUGCCCGCACUGCGCCCGCCGUCCCUCUCCCGCCUGGCGCUCGCCGCCCCGCGGUCUCAAGCUCCGCUUGGCGCUCCGGGGCUCUCGCCCGCCCUUGGCUUCUCACCUCUGGGCCCUUCGUCCCCGGACACCAAAGCCAUCUCAACUCCCACCCUGGUCAACCUCCCGGGAAGCUCAGCAAACACCCUGUCCCCCUCCUGUGCACAAGCUUCGACCACCCUGCCAACACCUAGCACGACCUCCAACUCCUAA